UAUGUUGACAGUUAUUCUUGCUUCCAGCUGACCCUUAAAAAUGGUGCGCUAUUCACUAGACCCAGAAAACCCCACAAAAUCAUGCAAAUCAAGAGGUUCAAAUCUUCGUGUUCACUUUAAGAACACUCGUGAGACUGCCCAGGCCAUAAAGGGUAUGCAUAUCCGAAAAGCCACCAAGUAUCUGAAGGAUGUCACUUUAAAGAAGCAAUGUGUGCCAUUCCGUCGUUACAAUGGUGGAGUUGGUAGGUGUGCACAGGCCAAACAGUGGGGCUGGACGCAGGGUCAGUGGCCCAAAAAGAGUGCUGAAUUUUUACUACACAUGCUCAAAAAUGCAGAGAGUAAUGCUGAACUUAAGGGCUUAGAUGUAGAUUCUCUGGUCAUUGAGCACAUCCAAGUGAACAAAGCCCCCAAGAUGAGGCGCAGGACUUACAGAGCUCACGGUCGGAUCAACCCCUACAUGAGCUCUCCCUGCCACAUUGAGAUGAUCCUUACUGAAAAAGAACAGAUUGUUCCUAAACCAGAAGAGGAGGUUGCACAGAAGAAAAAGAUAUCCCAGAAGAAACUGAAGAAACAAAAACUUAUGGCCCGGGAAUAAAUGCCGCAGAAAAUAAAUGCAAAUAAAAGUAAAAGUGUUGGUUGUCUUAAUUAGUAAAUGUAUGUGAAGUGUUAACCACAAAAUAGAUCAAAUGAGUUUUAA